UCCGCGAUUCUCUGCUGUGCAUUCAUUUGAAUCUCUGCGGUGUCCUGUGCAGCUCGGCUUCCUCCUCCCUAUUUUAAGUUAAUAUUUCAAACAAUUUAAGGUGAAAGAGUAGUGCAGGUCACAUGUGGAAAGUUGAGAUGUUUUCCUCUUAAAAUGAAACCGUUCAAGUCAAUGUCUGUUCUUCGAGCGGGUGGAGACGUCGGUCUAGCGAGUGAGGGGGCUCGACAAAUCGGGGGCUGAACUUCGGUGAGGGGUGUCGGUGUGAGGCGGGGGUGGAACCAGGGGACGUCUGAGCUAGAGGAGUUAGAACUUAUUUAAUAAAGCAAGAGUGGGGUUUUCUGCGUAGGAUAUGGAAACGCGGUUCUGGUCACGGCCCCAUGCCCGCCCCUCGCCCCCAGGCUCCGCCCCUCGCCCUCCCAGGCCCCACCCCUAGCCCGCCAGGCCCUCCGCGCACACCCGGAAGUGAAUCUAGGGAAGUGAGGGGCGUACUCGGAUUGACUUCUUAAGAGUGAUCUUGCCUAAGAAUGAAGCCGAGAGGAAGAAGAAAAAAAGAGGCGUCCAGAAUGGCUCUUUCCCGGGGACUGUUGACGUUCAGGGAUGUGGCCAUAGAAUUCUCUCAGGAGGAGUGGGAAUGUCUGAACCCAGCUCAGAGGACCUUGUACAGAGAUGUGAUGUUGGAGAACUACAGGAACCUGGUCUUCCUGGAUAUCUCUACUAUAUGUGUGAUCAAGGAAUUACCACCAAUAGAGGAUGUUAAUAAAGAAGAAUUCUUCCAAAUGGCGAUGUUGAAAGGACAUGAAAGCCGUGGCAUCGAUGAUUUUGACUCUAGAGAAGUGUGGGAAUAUAAGCAUGAGUUCGUAAGUCUGUGGGGAUAUGAUGAAAAAAAUUAUGAAGGAGUAACUACAACCCAGAACAAAAAUCUCACUAGUAGAGAAGACCAGCAACCUAACAAAUCCUGGAACAAUUUUCCUAUAAAGCAGAGUGUUUAUGUAAGAAAAAACGUGUAUCAGUAUAUCAACCACAAGAAGCCGUUUAUAAGGAAUUUAUUAAAAGUAAAAAAUAACGUAGGUUAUGGAGAAAACAAGCAUAUGAAAUAUUUGGUAAAUAGAAUUGGAUUAAGCUUUCAGUCACACUUGGCUGAACUACAGGGAUUUCAAACUGAAGAGAAAAUUUAUCAAUGGAAUCAAGUUGAGAAGUCUGUCAACAGUGGUUCCUCAGUUUCCCCACUUCAAAGAAUCCCUCCUAAUGUCAAAACCAACAUUUGUAAUAAAUAUGGAAGCAUUUUUAUGUAUCCUUCAUUACCUACACAAUACCAGAGAAUGCAACUUAGAGAAAAACCUUACAGUUGUAAUGACUGUGGAAAAGUCUUUAGGAAAACCUCAAACCUCACUAAUCAUCAGAGAAUUCAUUCUGGAGAGAGGCCUUACAAGUGUAAUGAGUGUGGCAAAACCUUUAAGCAAUGCUCAAAUCUCAUUAAACGUCAGAAUAUACAUCCUGGAGAGAAACCACACAACUGUAAUAUAUGCAACAAGGCAUUUGUCCAGAGUUCAAGUCUUGUGGAACAUCAAAAAAUUCAUGCUGGUGAAAAACCUUACAAAUGUGCUAAAUGUGGUAAAGCUUUUAUGAAACGUUGUUACCUUUGGGGCCAUGAGAGAAUUCAUACUGGAGAGAAAUCUUACAAAUGCAAUGAAUGUGGCAAAGCCUUUACCGAGAAUUUAAACCUUAGUAAACAUAAGAGAAUCCGUAUUGGAGAGAAACCCUGCAAAUGUAAUGAAUGUGGCAAAGCUUUUAAGCAAUGCCUACAUCUCACUAAACAUUGGAAUAUACAUCCUGGAGAGAAACCACAGAAAUGUAAUGUAUGUGACAAGGUAUUUAUCUGGAGUUCAAGUCUUGCGGAACAUCAAAGAAUUCAUACUGGCGAAAAUCUUUACAAAUGUGCUAAAUGUGGUAAGGCUUUUAUCAAACGCUGUCACCUCCAGGGCCAUGAGAGAAUUCAUACUGGAGAGAAACCUUACAAAUGCAAUGAAUGUGGCAUAGCCUUUACUGAGCGUUCAAACCUUACUAAACAUAAGAAAAUCCAUACUGGAGAGAAACCCUACAAAUGUAAUGAAUGUGGCAAAGCUUUUAAGCAUAUCUCAUGCCUCAGUAGACAUCAGAAUAUACAUCCUGGAGAGAAACCACACAAAUGUAAUGUAUGUGACAAGGCAUUCAUUCGGAAUUCAAGUCUUGUGGAACAUCAAAGAAUUCAUACUGGCGAAAAACCUUACAAAUGUGCUAAAUGUGGCAAGGCUUUUAUCAAACGUUGUUACCUCCAGGGCCAUGAGAGAAUUCAUACUGGAGAGAAACCUUACAAAUGCAAUGAAUGUGGCAAAGCCUUUACUGAACGUUCAAACCUUACUAAACAUAAGAAAAUCCAUACUGGGGAGAAACCCUACAAAUGUAAUGAAUGUGGUAAAGCUUUUACCCGAUUUGCAAACCUUACUAGACAUCAGAAUAUACAUUCUGGAGAGAAGCCACGCAAAUGUAAUGUACGUGACAAGGCAUUCAGCCAGAGUUCAAGUCUUGUGGAACAUCAAAGAAUUCGUACUGGAGACAAACCUUACAGAUGUGCUACAUGUAGUAAGGCUUUUUUUGAAGAUUGUCACCCCCGGGGCAAUGAGAGAAUUCAUACUGGAGAGAAACCUUACAAAUGCAAUAAAUGUGACAGAGCCUUUACCAAGAAUUCAGACCUUACUCAACAUAAGAAAAUCCAUACUGGAGAGAAACCCUACAAAUGUGCUAACUGUGGUAAGGCUUUUAUCAAACGUUGUUACCUCCAGGACCAUGAGAGAAUUCAUACUGGAGAGAAACCUUACAAAUGCAAUGAAUGUGGCAAAGCCUUUACUGAGCGUUCAAACCUUACUCAACAUAAGAAAAUCCAUACUGGAGAGAAACCCUAUAAAUGUAAUGAAUGUGGUAAAGCUUUUACCCAUUUUGCAAGCCUUACUAGACAUCAGAAUGUACAUCCUGGAGAGAAACCAUACAAAUGUAAUGUAUGUGACAAGGCAUUUAUCCAGAGUUCAGGUCUUGUGGAACAUCAAAGAAUUCAUACUGGAGAAAAACCUUACAAAUGUGCUAAAUGUGGUAAGGCUUUUAUGAGACGUUGUCACCUCCGGUGCCAUGAGAGAAUCCAUACUGGAGAGAAACCUUACAAAUGCAAUGAAUGUGGUAGUGCCUUUACCAAGAAUUCAAACCUUACUCAACAUAAGAAAAUCCAUACUGGAGAGAAACCCUACAAAUGUGCUAACUGUGGUAAGGCUUUUACCAAACGUUGUCGCCUCCAGGACCAUGAGAGAAUUCAUACUGGAGAGAAACCUUACAAAUGCAAUGAAUGUGGCAAAGCGUUUACUGAGCAUUCAAACCUUACUCAACAUAAGAAAAUUCAUACUGGAGAGAAACCCUACAAAUGUAAUGAGUGUGGCAAAGUUUUUGCCCAAUUUUCAAACCUUAUUAGACAUCAGAAAAUACAUACUGGAAAGAAAUAUUGUAAACCUAAUAUGUUUGGCAGUACUUUUAUCCAAAGCUUGAGCUUGGGGGAUCAUUAGAGAAUUCGUACUGGAGAGAAACAUAAAAUAUAGUGAAUGCUACAGAUCGAUUAAGUGUGUUCAAGCCUUAUUCAAUACCAGAAAAUCCACAAUGGGGAGAAUCCAUACAAAACUAGUAUUUGUGGCAAAGUACUUAACCAGGGCUCACACCUCAGUAGACAUCAGGAUAUGCAUUUUUUGAGAGAAAGCCCAGCAAGAGAAUGUGUCAAGGCUUUUAUCCAAACUUCAAAACUUACUGUGCAUCACAGAGUUCGCAUUCAAGGGAAACUCAACAAAUGUGAUCAAUAUGAUAAGAUUUGAUCAGGUAUUCACACCUUUGUGGUCAUGACAGAAUUCAUAGAAGAGAGAAAUGUGUUGAAUGGGGCAAGGCCUUUAAGCAAUGCACUGACCUCAGAGUUCCCUGAAGAAUUCAUACUGGAAAGACCCCUUAACAAGUGUAACGAAUAUGGUAAAUUGUCUAACCAGUUCUUACAUGGACUAAACAUUUGCGAAUUCAUUCUUAUCCUUUUCAAAGGUUAAUCAACCUCAUGUUAAAUUUCACAGAUAAUUAAAAACCCAUUUAACACUCGUAUAUUAGUGAAGCCAAGGGCAUCUUUGGAAAGGUCCAGUUAUCUUCCCUUUAUGAAAUAUUUUCAAUUCUCUUUGAAAAGGCUAUAUUACUUUUGAUGACUUUCAACCUGAAGUUUGAAAUCUGUUGAUGUUAUGGGUUUAUCAUAAGCUUUUUAUGUGUCACCAUGAUGGUAUUAGGGAAGGGAUUGGUAAGAUUAAAGGGACUACUUCAUUAAGUAGUUCAUUUAUAUACAUGUAACCUCGUGUUUAGAAACCCUGGUGGCGUAGUGGUUAAGUGCUACGGCUGCUAGCCAAGAGGUCGGCAGUUCAGAUCCACCAGUUGCUCCUGGGAAACUCUAUGGGGCAGUUCUACUCUGUCAUAUAGGGUCGCUGUGACUAGGAAUUGACUCGACGGCAGUGGGUUUUUGGUUUUGAAACCUGGUGUUGGUGAAGAAUUUGAAAUAUAAUAUGAACUGCCAAAAGAACGAACAAAUCUGUCUUGGAAGAAGUACAGACAGAAUGCUCCUUAGAAGUGAGAAUGGUGAGACUUCACAUACUUUGGACACUUACCAGAAGGAAUCGGUCCCUGGAGGACAUCAUGCUUGGUAGAGGGUCAGCGAAAAAGAGGAAGACCCUCAACGAGAUGGAUUGACACAGUGGCUGCAACAAUGGACUGAAGCAUAAAAACGAUCAUGGGGAUGGCGCAGGACCAGGCAGUGUGUUUUGUUCUGUUGUAUUUAGGGUCGCUCUGAGUCAAAACUGACUCAAUGGCACCUAACAACAACAACAACCUGGAAAAAAACAAAGUUGCUGAAUUUUAAGACAGAAUGUUGUGUAAAUUUGUGAGCAUGGGGAGUGAUGGAGAAAAGACACAAAAGUAUAAUCUAUAUCAUCAUCAUUUCUAGAGCCAGGGCUCCCUUCUACAGAUUGUUGGUGUGAUAGAGGGCCACUGAUGAUUAUUCGGAAGGAUUGCUCUACCAGCUGACCAUGAAAGAAAAAGAGCAGGCCAGGACAUUAAAGUGUAAUGUUUUCAGGGAAGCAGAAUCAUAGGUUACCAGGGACUGCAUAUGUGAUAGAAAUACUCAAGGGGAAAUGAUGGUCCCCCUCUCCUUUGAAAGGAAAUAGCUGUUUUAUAUCACAUUUUAAUGAAAUGAGUCUCAUUUUGGAAACUAAAAGAGCAAUCAUCAGAGGACAGUUAGAUAAUAAAUUAGCAUAUGGGCGUGUAGGAUUCACAUUCAACCAUUGAAAUUGCAUUUUGGUACCAUUAGAAUAUCAUUGUUCUCUUGUCUUAAUAAAAUGUAAUCAGUUUUUCAUAAACCUGGAUGAAUCAUGUUCCUUCUACAACCCAUGCAUAUCCCGUCUCACUGGGGAAGUUCAUAACAAGUGCUAAUAAUACAGUUAGGCUCUGAGGGUUGAAUGGCACCUAUAACACAUUUUUUUUCCGUCUUUAUAUCAGACAGCAUACCAUUUUUAGGAACAUAUAAUUUGCAUUUGAGUUAUUUUCUCUGCAUUCUGCCCCUCGGAGUUUUAUAUGGUUAUAAUGAAAAUACCAAAACAACGGCAAUUUCAGAUUCUUCCCCACUAGCACUGGCAUUACUAUUGUUAUUAUUGUGGUAUAAAUAUACAUAACAGAACACUUGGCAAUUUAACAGUUUUUACACGUAUAAUUCAGUGACUGAUUACAUUCUUCGUGCUGCUGCAUCACUGUUCGUGACUAUGUACCAUGUGGUUAUAUUUGGCCACGCUCUUUUUUGGUACCUAAAUAAGAUCCAUGGUUUGUAUUGGCCUUGAUACACACAUGGUAAAAAAUACAGAUAUGUUAAGCAUAUAGAAGGAGCCCUCGUGGCACAAUGAUAAGUGUUUGCCUGCUAAGUGCAAAGGUUGGCAGUUCAAACCCACUCAGCGACUGCACAGGAGAAUAACCUGACAGUGUGCUCCUGUAAUGAUAACAGCCAAGAAAACCCUAGGGGGCAGUUCUUCUGUGUCACACAGGGCUGCUGUGAGUCUAAAAUCCACUUGACAGCACCUAGCAAUAACAACACGAAGCAUAAAAAAGUUGGAAGUUAAAGAAGGUGUCAAAAAUAAAGGUUAGAAUAAUGAUUUAUUUCCCCCCUGCUUGGAGUCCUCAAGGAAAUAAUUUAAAAAGAUCAAUCAAUGUCUUAAUUCAUAAGUUUCCCCUUAAGAGUGAACAGAUAUAAUUAAGAGGAAUUUCUUUUUCUGGAUAUAAACUAGGAACUUCACAUAUUCACCCUGUAGUGAGUUUGAGGGAAUUUGGGGCUGAUGCAGAGAAAAGAUAUGAUCAGGAGACAGCAGUGUUGCAGAACAAGAUAUUAAUUGAGGCCGGUGUAUUGACAGUUUGCAUGCAAGGGGAAGUUCCUGCAGCAGGAGACUCUCCAAAGGCAAAAAGAGUAGGGGAGCCACCAGAAAGGGAAGAGAGUUGUCUUAGUUUGGAUUCUCUAGAGGAGCAAAGCCAGUGAGACGUGUGUGCGCGUGAGGGCGGGUACGUGUAUUAACAUAUAUAUGUGUGUGUUAAAUAUACAUAUAGCCAUCGUUGUUAGGUGCUAUAGAGUCGGCUCUGACUCAGCAACCCUAGGUACAACAGAACGGAACGCUGCCAGGUCCUGCGCCCCGUCCUCACAGUUGUUGCUGUGCUUGAGCCCAUUGUUGCUGUCUCAGUCCAUCUCCAUGAGGGUCUUCCUCUUUUUCACUGAGGCUGUACUUUACCAAGCAUGAUGUCCUUCUCUAGGGACUGAUCCCUCCUGAUAACACGUUCAAAGUAUGUGAGAUGUAGUCUGUCCGUCCUUGCUUCUAAGGAGCAUUCUGGUUGUACUUCUUCCAAGACAGAUUUGUUCUUUCUUUUGGCAGUCUGUGGUAUGUAUAUUCAGUAUUCUUCGCCAACACCACAAUUUAAAGGUGUCAGUUCUUCGGUCUUCCUUAUUCAUUGUCCAGCUUUCACAUGCAAAUGAGGUGAUUAAAAACACCAUGGCUUGGGUCAGGUGCACCUUAGUCUUCAAGGUGACAUCUUUGCUUUUCCACACUUUAAAGAGGCCUUUUGCAGCUGAUUUGCCCAAUGCAAUGUGGUUUUAGAUUCCUUUACUGCUGCUUCCGUGGGUGUUGAUGUUGGAUCCAAGUAAAAUGAAAUCAUUGACAACCUGAAUCUUUUCUCCGUUUAUCAUGAUGUUGCUUAUUGGUCCAGUUGUGAGGAUUUUUGUUUUCUUUAUGUUGAGGCGUAAUCCAUACUAAAGGCUGUGGUCUUUGAUCUUCAGUAAGUGCUUCAAGUCCUCAUCACCUUCAGCAAGCAGGUUGUGUCAUCUGCGUAACACAGGUUGUUGAUGAGCCUUCCUCCGGUCCUGAUACCCUGUUCUUCAUAAAGUCCAGCUUCUCGGAUUAUUUGCUCAGCAAUACGCAUGUAUAUGUAUGUAUGUGUAUAGAGAGAGAGAGAUUGAUUUACUUCAAAUGAUUGGCUCACACAACUGGGCUGGAAGAUCCAAAAUCCAUAGGUCAGGCUGAAAGCCAUAGAUUUAUGCAGGCUUAUGUGUGCAAGGUCUGUGGGUCAGGUGAUGAGAAGAGUAUAGGGUCCAGAGAGAAGUGAGAGUGAGCUCUGCCAGAAUAUCCAUUUAUAUUCUGGUGGCAGACCACACCCUCAAGAAAACUCCCCUUUCAACUGAUUGGUUGAUUACAUCAAAUGUAAAGUCAUUACAUUCAUAUUUACAUUACAGAACAGCAGCCAGUCCAGUAUCUGGCCAAACCACAGAAGAUGGCCUACUCAAGUUGAUGUAUAAAAUUAGCCAUCACAAGGAUAAGAGAAUUCCCUGAAGAGAGUAAAAAGGAGAUAUGUCUAAGAGAUAUCUCUUAUGUGCAAGGAGGAGAAGUCUCCGGGUUUAGACAAGUUCAAAGGCAGUGGCAGCUUUGGGGCUUGUAACUGUGGGAUUUGUCUUACCUAUGACUAGCAGAUGUUGGGCACAAUUUUACAGGGUGUAAAGGAAGGCAGACUCUGGCUACAAGUCUGCUUAUUUGGGCUAAUUUUAAAACAACUGAAUAGUUAAAAUUUGAGUUUUGUGCUAGUGGGGGCUUUUGGGCUAAUGGGCCUCAGAACGCUAUGAAAAAAUAAGCAACUUAGGGCCAAUACACAGAGGCUGUCUUUGGCUUAUUUAUAUUUUUGCUGUUGGUAGUUGCCAUCCACUAGAUUACAACUCAUGGCAAUGCCAUGUGUAUCAGUCAGAGUAGAACUGCUCCCUGUGGUUUUCAAUGUCUGUUAUCUUUUGCAAGCGGAUCUGCAGAUCUGUCUUCUGAGGUGCUUCUGUGUGAUUUCCAACCAGCAACCUUCUGGCUAGUAGUCACGUCUGUAAUUGUUUGCACCACCAGGGACAGAGCUGGCGUAAGGGGUGAAAUGGAGGAUGAAGUGACUGACUCUGUCCCACGUGUUGCCCUCUAGCUGAAUAGAGUUUGCAAAUGGAAUUUAUCCUCUGAUGCAAAUAAGUAUAAGAUAUAUAAAUCUCGUACAUGAGUUUGUAAUUCUCAUUUUCUGUUAAACAAUUUAAAUCUAUUAGAGAACCAUAGUACUUCACAAGUUAAUUUUCCAUGUCUUGUCGACUCAACACUCACCUCCUUUUUUCCCCAGUUCUGUGUUUUCUCCCUCUCAAUUUCUGCUCCUCAUUUUGUUGCCUCCCUUCCUCUCCUAAGGAGCCCUAGUGGCAGAAUGGUUAAGUGCUACGUUGCUAACCCAGAGGUGGGCGGUUCAAACCCACCAGGUGCUCUACAGGGGAAAGACCUGGCAAUCUACUUCUGUAAAGAUUUCCAGCCUACAGCCUAAGAAACCCAAUGGGGUGGUUUUACUCUGUUGUUUCGUUCUGUAGUACAAGGGGUCACUGUUAGUCGUAACCGACUCAACGGCACCUAGCAACAUAGGGUCACUGUAGUCGGAUUUGACUUGAUGGCAGUUUUUUUCCCCCCUGUCCUGCUCUAUUUAUUCCUUUCUAUUUCUCCUCCUACAUGUGUUUGGCCCCAUUCUGUUGUAACCCCUCUCGUUUUACGCUGUUCUCCCUCCCCAAUCUUUCUGAUUGUCCCUCAACUCCAUAUAUUUCUGCCUCUUUCUCCUUCAUCUCUGUUCUCCCUGUCUCAGUAAAUACCUGAAACCUUAAAAAUAGAAUGUGUGUGGCAAAGUUAUCAUGCAAAAUUCGAUUCUUGGGGGAUCAUCAGAAUAUUAAUUUUGUAAUGAAGUCUUCCAAAUUUUAUUUGUGCCAAAGCCUUUGAUGAUACUAAAAAAAAAACAAAACUGUCAUUAAGUUGAUUCUGACUCAUAGACGUCCCAUGUGUACAGGGUAGAACUGCACUUCAUAGGGUUUGCCAGGAUGUGAUUCUUUUUGGAAGCAGAUCUCCAGGCCUUUCUUCCGAGGUGCUUCUGGGUGGGCUCAUCACCAACCUUUCAGUUAGUAGUUGAGUACUUCCUGGAAACUGUUAAUAACGUUCAGUCCUUGUUAAACAUAUAGCUCAAACAUGAUUAACAUUACAAAAACUGUAACCAGUGAUUAAAGCUUUUGAAACAUUACAAAAUGUAUUAUUCUGCAAUAUUUUUGUCUUCCAUGGCCCCAACUCUUACACCUCUCCCCCACUCUACCAGAAUGAUAUCCUCCACUCUUGGUUGGCCCCAUUGCUACUGCUCGUCAAGAUUCCCCUCUCCCCAUUUUGCUCCUAUUCAUCUUUCUGAAGAUCCCCCCUUCUCUAGAAUCCUCUAUUUUUCUUACUUCCCACUUCUUCAUUAUGAUUCAUUUUCAUUCUUAUUGUCU